AUGGAGGGAUAUGUGGAAUGUCCUGUUUGUCAGAAAACUUUUAAACAAUCGCAGAUAGACGUUCAUGUAAAUGCAUGUUUAAACAUCACGAAUGCACAUGACACGACGUGUGACAGUUUGACACUAAUGACAGCAACAAAAAAGCGAAAAUCAAAUGACUCGAAUGCAUGGGGAUGUUUGAAGCCUGUGACAGAAAAAUCAGAUACCAGUCCAGUACUGAAAAAGCAGAGAGUAACAAUAGCAAACUCAUGUAAAGGUCUCCCACAGGUUAAAAAUGAUGAAAACACCAGUACUUUGUCUCCAGGAACAAAUACUACCCGUUGUCAUGUUACUGAAAAGCCUGGAACUCCGAGUUGUGAUCGGUCAAGUGGUAAAAAUGACGAUAUCAUCAGUAUUGGUCUAACUGCUACCAGUAAGCCCCUGGCUGAGCAGAUGCGCCCAAAGAGCCUAAAGGAUUUCGUAGGACAAGAUAAGGCAGUAGGCAAGAACAGUCUUUUGCGAUCAUUGUUACAGACGAAUCAGAUUCCCUCUCUAAUACUGUGGGGACCCCCAGGAUGUGGCAAGACAACACUGGCCAAGAUAAUUGCACAGCAAUGCAAUGCUGGAAGCACCUUAAAGUUUGUACAGCUGUCGGCGACAACUUCAGGGGUCAAUGAUGUCAAGGAGGUGGUCAAGAUGGCAAGGAAUGACCAGAAGAUGCUGAAGAAAAAGACAAUUCUCUUCCUGGAUGAAAUACAUCGGUUCAACAAAACACAACAGGACUCCCUUUUGCCCCAUGUGGAAGAUGGAACCAUUAUUCUGAUCGGGGCCACUACUGAGAACCCUUCCUUCCAGGUGAACGGUGCCUUGCUGAGUCGUUGUCGUGUUAUCACACUGGAUAAACUUGAACCCGCUGACCUCCAGCAUAUACUUAGCAAGGCUGUACUGGCUGUUGGUGGAGCUGUCUUACCAGAUGGUAGUGGUCCAGAUGAAGAACAGACAAGCAAGAAUUGUGUGUAUGUAGAGCAGCAGGCACUGACCACCCUGUCUAAUUUAUGUGACGGAGACGCGAGAGCAGCCCUCAAUAGUCUCCACAUGGCCUUACAAUCCCGCCUCUGUCAGCACAAUAGCCAAUUUCACAAUUUCUGUCACUCGACCUCUAGUCAGCAGAGAGGACAACAAGUUGUGACUUCUGCAGAUGUGAAGGAAGGUCUGCAAAGGUCACAUGUCUUGUAUGAUAGGGCUGGGGAGGAACAUUACAACUGUAUUUCUGCUCUGCACAAGUCUAUACGGGGCUCUGAUGCCACUGCUGCCCUCUAUUGGCUGGCAAGGAUGCUGGAAGGUGGAGAAAAUCCCUUGUAUAUUGCACGUAGGCUAAUCAGAGUGGCUAGUGAAGACAUCGGUCUUGCAGAUCCUUCAGCUCUCACGCAGGCUGUGUCUGCCUACCAAGCCUGUCAACUGAUAGGGAUGCCAGAAUGUGAUGUGAUACUGGCCCAGGCUACAGUGUACCUUUGUAGAGCUCCUAAAUCUGUAGAAAUAUACAACGCUUACGAUAAAGCCAAAACACAGGUGAAAGGUCAUCAUGGUACACAGCCUUCAGUUCCACUUCAUCUAAGGAAUGCUCCCACAAAACUGAUGAAAUCCUUAGGUUAUGGU